UUGUGUAUCUGCCAUCCUUGACACGUAAAGCUUAGAACCUGCUCUGAGGCUACGACUUCACCGUUAUCAGAAGUGGAGUUUGGUCUUUAUCCGCCGUUAUAUACAUAAAUAUAUAAUGUUAAAUGUAAAGUCAACACAAAAUUGUGCUAAAUUCAGAUCACUUAUUGCGGGAAUUUUGGAGGCACGUAACAUAUCUAAUAGUAUAAAAUCAUGGGAUAUAAUCUUAUAAUCAAUCAAGUAAAAAUACCAAACAAAGAUUAAUAGUUAAAAAUAAAUUAUCAGAUAAGAUUAACAACUUAAUAAAUAUCGAUGUGGACUCCUAUGCAUCAGACCACAAUAUCAGCAAUAAUGAAACUCCUGGUCAUCAUUUUUGGGCUGGUGGCAGCUGUUGCCUCGGAGGUGGAGUUCCCCCCGAUCUUCCAGGACUACCACGAGGAAAUCGGUAUCCCGGCGGCCAAGCGUAUCAAGCUGUUUGAAGAUUCCCUUGACUUUGACGGCUCCAGGAUUGCUGGUGGGCAACCAGGGCGUCUUGGGUCGCAGCCUCACUUGGGUGGUCUGAUAAUCGCCCUGACCGACGGCAGACAAUCAGUGUGCGGCUGCUCCCUCCUCAGCAACACCAAGGCGGUGACGGCGGCCCACUGCUGGCGGUUCGGCAGCUUCCAGGCGAGGAAGUUCACUGCUGUCUUCGGCUCCACCCGCCUAUUCAGCGGGGGCCAUCGUACUGACACCAGUAACGUCGUCAGCUACCCCAAGUACAGACCCACCGUAAUGGACUACGAUGUCGCUGUCAUGACCUUGGACUUCGUUCCUUUUAGUAACUACAUCAGAGCCAUCGCAGUGGCUACUGGUACUGAUGACUUCGUCGGCGUGUGGGCCUCAGCUGCUGGGUUUGGCUCUACUGGAAACAAUCAUCCCAUUACCCAGGCUCAAUCUAAGAACGAGGCGAUACUCCCAGUUAUCACAAACGAAGUGUGUUCGCGAAGUUAUGGCGUCUUCGUGCUGGUGCCCUUCACCAUCUGCGGGGGAACGACACACGGUCAGAGCACUUGCCCAGGGGACUCCGGCGGCCCCCUCGCCGUCGGAACAGGAGAUGAUCGUAAGCUGAUCGGCAUCGUAUCGUUCGGUCACAUCUCGGGUUGCGAGAACGGGCACCCGAUUGGCUUCUCCCGAGUCACGUACUUCGCACCUUGGAUCAUCAGCCAACUCUGAAGAAUACCAAUAACGCAGCAGUUGAGGGGUUGGACGCAAAGAAAGCUCCUAGAGUCGGUCAACUUUCGCCAAAAACACUUUUAAUACUUUCAUUUCACUUUUCUCUAUUACGGUUACUACAACUAUAUUACAAAUAAAACAGUGAUUUAGCUA